AUGGCUGGUAUCCUGGCCGCAAUAAUCUACACGAUCACGUUAUACGCCAUCAUGAAGCGCAAGAACUCGCUGCGCGCCGGCAUCUACGCGAUCCCAGCCUACUUCACCAUCACUACGUUCAUCGUGUCGUUCUACGUCGCGACAAAGAACGGCAAGUCGACUCUCUCCUUCAGCGCCUCUACUAUUGGCGGCGUGGUCAAGGUCUCCGGCAAUGUCGCUCUAGCGUGCACGAUCAUCGGAGUGGUAAUCGGACUCAUGCUAACCUUCUGCGUCGCCUUCCUUGUGCCGUUCUUCAUCCGGCGCCUGGAGAAGGAGGAGACCCUCAGCUGGUACCAUAUAUUCUACAUCUGGUGCGUGCCGAAGAAGCCGCCGGACCCCAAGAUUGAUAUCUACUUGAAACGCGCGUUCACGCUGCAGCUUCUCAGUGACGAGGAGACGAAGGAAAUCGGCAUGCCGAUUGAAGAUCCCGAGGAUAUCAAAGACAAGGAGCCCGAGAAGCCUGUGUCGAAGAACCCAGUCGUGCGAUUCGUUUAUAAGGUCAGGGUGCUGAUGUGGCGGGCGCUCUUCAUCGACGUGGCGACCCUGCAGAAGGAAAACAAGCACGCGACCCGCGCGCACGAGGUGGCGCUGGUGUACGACAACAAGACGGAGUACCUCUACUCGCUGCUCCAAGUCAUGACCGCUGCGUUUGCAAGCUUCGCACACGGGUCCAACGACAUCGCAAACGCCCUGGGCCCCGUGGCGGACGGUUACCACAUCAUGCGAGCCCUCGGGAACAACAUCACGUACCACUCGCCGUCGCGCGGGUUCUCGAUGGAGCUGGGCUCUGCCCUCUCCGCCAUCACCGCGUCGUUCCUCGCACUACCGGUCUCCACCACGCAGUGCAUCGUCGGCGCGACCAUCGCCGUGGGGCUGUGCAACGGUUACUGGCGGGCGAUUAACUGGGGCAUGGUGGCCAUCGCUGGGUUCGGAUGGGUUCUCACGCUCCCCGUGGCUGCCUUGUGGGUCGGCCUGCUCUAUGCCAUCCUCACCCGCGGCCCCAGAUUCACUAUGCCGGCCGGGAUGUAA